AGGGAAGAGAGAGAGAGAGAGAGAGAGAGAGGGAGGGAGAGGGAGAAGGGUGAGAGAGCUCGACAAUGGCGGAAGCAGCGCCCGCAGCGGGGCUCCGCAUCGUCCUCCACCAACACGCCAAGGAGCGGAGUCCCGUUCCCGUAUCUAGCCACGCCGAUCGAGAUCGUGUCAUCGAUGUAUUUAGAAAGGUGCUGGUGAGAAAUGAAUCCCCAGAGAAUUUCGCGCUACAAGCGGUGCAAGAAGCUAUUAAACCUCAGAAACAAACUGUAUUGAUUCUAGAUGAGAAUACAUUUCUGGAAAAUGCUCUUCGAACGCUACUGCAGGAACUGGUGUCAUCUGCAGUUCAUUCGGGCGAAAGAAUGAUGCAAUAUGGACAAUUAAUCAGUGAGGAAAAUACUCGUGGACAGAUCCCAUGCCUUCUAGACAUUGUGCUGUACCUUUGUGAAAGAGGGCAUGUUGAAGGUGGAAUGAUAUUCCAGCUGUUAGAAGAUCUGACGGAAAUGUCAACUAUAAAAGAUUGUAAAGAAGUUUUCGGUUACAUUGAAAGCAAGCAAGAUAUUUUGGGGAAGCAAGAGCUCUUCGGACGUGGGAAACUAGUGAUGCUCAGGACCUGCAAUCAACUUCUUAGAAGGCUGUCAAAGGCAAAUGAUGUGGUAUUCUGUGGGCGGAUUCUCAUGUUUCUUGCUCAUUUUUUCCCAUUAUCAGAGCGCUCAGCUGUUAAUAUCAAAGGAGUUUUCAAUACAUCCAACGAGACAAAGUAUGAAAAGGAUGCUCCUGAUGGAGUUUCUGUUGAUUUCAACUUCUACAAGACCUUUUGGAGUUUGCAGGAGCAUUUCAGUAAUCCAGCUUCAACAACACUUGCUCCAUCGAAGUGGCAAAAAUUUUCUUCAAACUUAAUGAUUGUGUUGGAUACUUUUGAAGCUCAGCCUCUUAGUGAUGAUGAUGGAAAUGUGAAUAAUCUUGAACAAGAGGAGGAAGCUGCCUUCAGUAUUAAAUACUUGACGAGCAGUAAAUUGAUGAGUUUAGAGUUGAAGGAUCCCAAUUUUCGGCGCCAUAUUCUUGUUCAGUGUCUUAUAUUAUUCGACUAUCUAAAGGCGCCUGGAAAGAAUGACAAAGAUGGACCGACAGAAAGCAUGAAAGAAGAAAUCAAGUCCUGUGAAGAGCGCGUUAAGAAACUCCUAGAGAUCACUCCGCCAAAAGGGAAGGAAUUCCUUCAGAGCAUAGAACAUAUACUAGAGCGAGAGAAAAAUUGGGUUUGGUGGAAACGAGAUGGUUGCCCAGCUUUUGAAAAGCAACCUACAGAGAAGAAGUCAGGCCAAGAUGUAGUACGAAAACGUAAGCCAAGGUGGAGAUUGGGGAACAAAGAAUUAUCACAGCUGUGGAAGUGGGCAGAUCAAAAUCCUAAUGCUUUGACUGAUCCUCAGCGCAUUCGCAUGCCAUCAGUUACAGAAUACUGGAAGGCACUUGCCGAAGAUAUGGACGUUUCUGCUGGAAUCGAACCAGAAUUUCACCAUAAAAACAAUCGUGUGUACUGUUGGAAAGGACUAAGGUUUUCUGCCAGACAAGACUUGGAAGGAUUUUCUCGAUUCACGGAAAAUGGGAUUGAAGGAGUUGUACCUCCAGAGCUGUUACCGCCAGAUGUUCGUUCAAAGUAUCAUGCUAAACCUUCUGAGAAGGCAAAACGUGCUAAAAAGGAAGAAGAAACAAAAAGCACUGCAACACAGCCUGAAGAAAACCAGGCUACUACGCCACCAGUUGAGGGAGAUGUUGGUGGAAGUGGGGCGGAGGUAGAAGAUGGGGUGGCUCCUAUGGAUUCUGACACCGCUGCACUGGAGGAAGGCCAGAAGCAGAGCCCUGAGGAUUCUGAACUAGAAGCUGGACAGAUCGAAGGCGAAGCUGAAGCUGAAGCUGAAGCUGAAGUAGAAGGAGAAUCUGAAGCCACUGUAAAGAGUGAAACUGUGGCGGAGGUACGUGCCGUCUAGGGUAGCAAGAGAUGCGGAUCCAAACUAACAGAAUAAGGUUCGAACCCAACCAAGUGAGUAAAAGGUGCACCCCUAACUAAAGCUGGUUUGUUAGUAACUCCUAUCUCGUCGGUUUCAAAUAUGAUAGUCUAGGCAGAAGCGGCAUCAGGUGCAAGGCAGAGAAGUUUUGUGCUGCAAAAGGCAAGCAGGUAUGGUGUUAGAAAAAGUAAUAUAUGUUUGCUAGUGGGAAACUAAUGAUAUCCGCCAUGGUAUGCACGAUGGUGCUGACUUUGUUCAGUAACCUAGUUCCAUUGAUGAUGGGAUAUAAGACGAUAGGCACUGAAACUGCAAUCAUCUUGUUCGGUAACCUAGUUCUUCCAUUGAUGAUGGGAUAUACGACGAUAGGCACUGAAACUGCAAUCAUGUUCGGUAACCUAGUUCUUCCAUUGAUGAUGGGAUAUAAGACAAUAGACACUGAAACCGCAAUCGUCGAUUCUGAACUGUACCUCUGUAUACUUUAUUCUUAUUGUUUACGCAUCCCUUAAAAAUUUAUUAUUUGUAUGAAUUUUUGCUCGGGCGUCGGAAGAAAUAUUUAGGCUGUUUCUAUUGCUCUCGAGCCUUGUUUUUAUUUAAUUUUUAUGUCGGUACUUAUGUGACAAUCUUGAUGUAUAUCCAAAUGUAUUUUGAUGUCAACCUCCGUUAAAAUUGCCUUGUUGAAUUUUGUUA